CAAGUUUUUGUUUCUGCAUAGCUUCCACUCCGUUGCAAUCAUGCCCCGUCAACAAGUCUAUUAUCUUCAUCCCUUUGGAUGGGAAAACGACCCCGACGAGGAGAGAUUUCCCGUCUCCACUCUCGACUACCUUACCGCCUGCACCUACAACAAUUAUGCUCUGUUCUUCCGUCUAGAUGAUGCGGACAAGUCGAGAGCUGUCGAGGUGCUCAAAGCAGGUCUUGAGCGCACCCUCAGCCAAACCAGACACUACUGUGGCACAAUCGAGAAGGACCCUGGCGGUGGUCAUUCUUUCGUCAAGAAGAAGAACAGCACCGUCCGCUUCGUUGUCCAAUGGCUAGACUCCCCCCACCAUGACUACCCUUCCUUCGAUGACAUCGAGAAAAAGCACUUCAACGCCGUGGCUCUGGGCAACCUCGAACUCUGGAGCGUUCCCCCCAUGACGUACGGCGAAAAGCCAGAAGCCGACCCAAACAAUCACCCGGUCGCCUCGGCUUUCAAGGCGAAUUUUGUCAAGGGCGGCCUGGUCUUUCAUAUUCAUCAUCACCACUACACCAACGAUGUAAUGGGGUGGUCUGGUCUAGUCCAUCAGCUUGCCGAGAAUUGCUUCGCCUUUGCCAACAAGACACCCUUCCCUGAUUGGGACCCUUCCAAUCUCGACUUGGCAAGGCUCUGCAAAAUGGAACCUCCUGAGCAUGAGAAGAUCGAUGGUCCUCCUCCCCAGCAGCGCCACCCUGACCACACCGAGGCCGUUUCCCUCUUGUUUCAUCUGCCCAAGAGCAAGGCUGCUGAACUCAAAAGGUUGGCCACUCCUGAAGAUGGUAGCUGGAUCUCAACCUAUGAUGCAUUUUCAGCCUUCAUCUGGCGCACUCUUACACGUGUCCGUGCUCCUGUGUUCAACCCCGACAUGUCGUCCAAGAUCUUCUGGUCCGAGACGAUUGACAUGAGGAGGCGCUUCCACAACCCAAAGCCCCCAGCCCGCCUACAGCAAAAUGCCAUGUUCUCCGCUAUAUCCCCCACUGCGCCGGUGGAGCAGCCUAAUGUGGGAGAGGUCAUCUCGGAGUGGCCUCUGUGGCAGAUCGCCGCCUAUAUCCGCAAGAUGACCAACAGCGUCACCCAAGAGUCACUGGACAAAACACUGGAGAUGGUUGCGACGGCUCGUGACAAGACUACCAUGAACAUACGUAUCGACGCUCAGCCACCUUUGUCGAUUCUGCAAGCCGAUCACCGGGACGCCAGUGUCAGUAGGCUCGACUUUGGCUUCGCAACGCCCGUCACGUACCGCCAUCUGAUCAACCGAGUUACCACGGGCGUCAUCAUGAUUUACCCACCGCGAGACCCUUCGCCUGAGUCAGAUGAAGGACCCGAGUUUUCUAUAUUCUAUGAGAAGAGGCUGGCUCAAGAUUUGAUCUCUGACCCUGCGUGGAAUGAGUACUUUGAGUAUCGAGGCAUUGAUGCCGAAGACGCAACUGAGUCUGUCAAUGUCAAUGUCAAUGGAAAGAUGAAUGGUCACACAAGUGGCCAUGCCAGUACUAACGACGAGAAGAAUGGGCUGUGAGUGACAAGAUGGACUGAGAUGGAGGAUUGGGCACCUUGGUCUGCUGAGUUCAGAACUACGACCAUAUUCAUGGUUACAUUGGAUUUUCUUAUCAUUGCUUCGUCAAUAUACCAGGUUGCUUCUCAUGCAGAAAAACUAGCACAAACUCCCGCAGCGGAUGAGGGCAGCCUCGGAGACAGAUCGGAGAAAGGUCGUAACCAAUGAAGAACUAGCUUUCAAUAGCAAGCUCAUUCCUUUUAUG